AUGGAGAAUUUGUUAAAGAAGAGAAAGGCAGCCAGAGGAUGGGUUUCUAGGCUAGGAAAGGAACUCGUAAGUUUAUUAGGAAGGCCUGUUCUUAGUGCAGUUGAAUUGAAGGCUGUUAUUGAAAAUUUUGAUAUUAGUUUGUCCAAGUUAGAUGAAGUACAGUCAGAAAUAGAAGUUGAGUUAGAAAGUGACUUGCUUGAUGAUGACUUGGACAAGGCCUUUGAGUUUAGAACGACGUCUCUUAUACCUAGGAUUAAGGCUGCUGAGAAACUCCUCAAGUUAGACAAAAAAGGUGACGAUGAUAGUAGUACUACUAAUGGAUCUUCAGGUGCACAAGUGAAGCUGCCUAAGCUAGAACUGCCGAAAUUUAAAGGAGAAGUGACAGAAUGGCAGUCCUUUUGGGACCAGUUCAGUUGCCAUAUAGGCAAUUCAGAUAUACCAGUAAUAAGUAAGUUUAGUUAUUUAGCGUCAUUGCUGGAAGGAGAAGCAAAAUCAGUUAUCUCAGGUCUAUCUCACACAAGUGUAAAUUAUAAGAUUGCAUGUGAUCUACUUAAGGAGAGAUUUGGAAGGCCAGAGAGGAUGAUAUUUGCCCAUGUUCAAGCACUUUUAAAUGGCAAGGUUCCUGUUAAGGCAGGAGGCCCUAAGUAUGUUUACCCGCUGUGGAAUCUACAGGAUGAGUUGUUGACGCAUAUCAGAAGUUUAGAGGCUUUAGGUGUAUCUGGUAAGCAGUGUGAAGUUUUCCUGACGCCAAUUAUUCUUUCUCGUCUUCCGAGUGAAAUACGACUGGAGUGGGCUAGGAAAGGCGCUGGUCAUGAAAGUGAUUUGGAAUGGCUUCUGAAAUUUUUACAAGAAGAAAUUGAAACUAUUGAAAGGUCUAAGACAUUUAAAGAUGUUACUUCUAGGAAACCAGAAAAUCCUAGUGUAUCUGAAGAAAAAAGAAACUGGCACUCUAAGGGCUCAAGGAAGAAGGUAACCUCUGCAUCUGCUCUGCAUACUUCAUCAGAGGUUGAAUAUCCUAUCUGUGGAUUUUGUGCUAAAAAACAUAAAACAGAAAAUUGUUAUGAAACCCUGAAAUUGAAUGGGCCACAGCAUGCUGAGAAAAUAAAAUCUGCUGGAUUGUGCUUUAAGUGUUUAAAAAAGGGUCAUUUAGCUAAAGGGUGUUUUUCCAAGUGUAAAAAAUGUAAUGGAAAACAAAACCUCAUAAUGUGUGGGAUUAAGUUGGAUUCAAAUAAGGAUAAUGACUCCAUAAAGGUUGCAGUAGAGAACAGGUCUGAAAUUGUAAAUAAAAGUAAUGAGCAAGGUUCCUCUAUUAAUUUUGCUGGAGCUGCUUUUCAUAACGUUGCUUCUACAAAUGUAACUUGUACUAUUUUACAAACUGCAAAGGUUCGUGUCGUGGGAUCUAAUGGCAUACCUAUUGAAGCAAGAGCUUUGUUUGACAGUGGGUCUGACCGUACUUAUGUUAGUAGUAAUAUUGUAAAGAAAUGUAAACCUGAGUGGAUUACUAGUCAGCCCCUUGCAUAUUCAGUAUUUGGAGGUGACAAUUCAAGUAGGUAUGAAGUAGCCCUACCUUGGAAAAGUGAAACAGCUAAGAGUGAUCUAAUAGAUAAUAAACAACUUUCUUUAAAGAGACUAAAUAAAUUACACUGUAAAUUGGAUAAGGAUGUUAAGCUGAAAACUGAGUAUUACAAGGUUUUUGAUGAGUAUGAAAAGGAGGGUAUAAUUGAGGAAAUUCCUAGUAAUGAGAUUAGUAGUGCUUUCCCUAUUUUUUAUAUGCCUCACAGACCUGUUGUAAGAGAGGCUAGUACAAGUACAAAGUGUAAAAUGACUGAGGUAAUACAAGAGUUAAAGGAAAAUAUGUAUGUAGAUAAUUGGUUGAGUGGUGCUGACAGCUUUAAUGAAGCUUAUGCCAAGUUCAGUGAGCCUCGUAAGGUUUUAUCUCGCAGGUAUGCCUUUGACCAAAUGGGUCUCUAA